GAAAGCUGAUUUAUCAAUUUAUUUGUAGUAGAAAUAGGUAAAAGAGAAGGUGCACAUUUUAAAUUAAUGGCCGAUGAACCUGAAGCCGUUGGCGAAGGGGAAGAAUCUCCAGCACCAGAACCUCCUCCACCUCCAGAACCAGAGGUAGAAGAAGAAGAGGUCGAAGAAGAAUCCAUCCUUACAGAAUAUGAUCCCGAUGAUUUCCUAUCUGGAGCUGUUAACACUCUUGACUCAACUAUACCACUUGAUUUAUUCGAUUUCGAGUAUUCAUACGGUUACAAUUGUCACAAAUACUUCAACCUAUGCGCUUGCGACGAGAGCGUCGUGUGCUGGGCGGCCGGCAGCAUCAUCACGUUUAUGGACGUUAACACUAAACAGACGUGGUUCCGGAGAACCUCCACAGGGGGAUCUGUGGGGAACAUUGCGUCUUACCGAAAAGAUCCGAACUAUCGCAUAGCAAUUGCUGAAGGCAAGGAGGGACACCGUGAUCCUGUGAUAAUACUAUACACUUGGCCGCAAAUGGAAAUAGACGCAGUCCUGAGAGACGGUACCGGCAACGCGUACUCUAUACUCGAUUUUAGCCCUGAUGGUGAGCUGCUCGCAUCAGUCGGGAAGGAGCCAGACUACAACCUGACUAUUUGGAAUUGGAAACGGCAUAGGAUUUUACUAAGAACUAGCGCCUUUACGUUUGACGUCAAUGGUGUCAUGUUUUCACCCUAUUGCCCUGGACAACUCACUACUGCAGGUGCAGCGCAUAUAAAAUUUUGGAAAAUGGCUCAAACGUUUACAGGUCUUAAAUUGAAGGGCGAAUUGGGAAGAUUCGGCAAAACCGAGAUUUGUGACGUACUCGGAGUUUACCCGAUGCCUGACGAAAAGGUGCUAUCAGGAUGUGAAUGGGGAAAUAUUUUGGUUUGGGAAGCGGGACUCGUCAAACUCGAGGUGACACAACGUGCGAGAAAGACUUGUCAUAAAGCUCCUGUAAUUCAGUUUAUGCUAAGUCCAGCUGGAGACGAAGUGACCACAAUAGCCCGAGAUGGGUGCGUCAGAGCCUGGUACUGGGAUACGGUGGAACAGGCUGACCCCCCAGAGGAUGACCAGUAUGUGGAGCUCAACCCAGUAGCUGAGACUUGUGUACCAAAUUGUCAGAUAAUGUGCCUUAAACAUCAAAAAGAUAUGUAUUGGUAUGCACAAGAUGGGAACGGUGGCAUAUGGACCGUCGAUUUAGAUAUCGAUAAAAUAGAGUGUAAUCACAACAAAAUAAUGACAUAUCACGCGGGAGGUGUGGUCGCAAUGAUUGCUCUUCGCACAUACCCCAUCUUGAUCACGGCCGGAGAAGACGGAGCCUUACAAGCUUACGACACGGAAUCUCAUGUGUUGUUAGCUCGAUAUCUCUUCCCUAAGCCUAUAACGUGCAUGUUGUAUCCGCCUGUCGAUGUUGAUGAAACAUCUCGCAUAAUAAUGGUUGGGUUUGCUGACGGUAUCAUGAGAACGCUUUUGCUUCACCCUGAGCGUUUCGAGAAACACCCCGCUAUGAUUGAUGUGAGGGUUCACUCGGCCCUCACUAUUCACAGCGAAGACUCCGUUCAUGCUGAUGUUAUUGAUAUGAUUUCGCUUUUGAAACCUCAUUCAAAAUCAUUAACACAAAUAACAAUUAAUGACGACCGAACGAUGCUCGUUACUUGCGGGGAAGACAGCACCAUAUUCAUGUACCAAUUAGUGAAGGGAUCCCCGUUCACCCUCUAUAGACUCGGUUUCAUUGAAACACCUAAUAAUAUUGAGUACAUGACGUGGAAACCAGAAGAGAGAAAGAUCCUACUGCUCUGUGGCCAAGAGGGAUUCUUAUGGGAAACAGUGUUGCCUGACAUUGAAUCCCGGGAAUACACAAAAAUCACCACUUUCAAACUCGAGUUUGAAUCUUACAGGGAAAUGCAAAUAAAGAAAUAUUUUAUGCGAAACCGUCCUUUCCCAACCGAGGAAGAACUUGCAAGUAUUGACGAAGAAGCAUUAAAAGCUAAAGAAGAAGCGGAAAAAGAUAAAGAUGACGAUGAAGAAGAGGAAUGGUUGGGAGAAAUAGAACUGAUUGAAAGUGAUAGCCCUUUUGGGACUACCGUGACGUGGGCGGAGUACUGCGAGGAAGGUAUCUGGAUUAUACAAGAAGGCACAGGAGCACUUCUCCUUAUCAAACCUACUGGAAACAAGAUCCUAAAAUAUGGUCCCUUUCCGGGCGCAUGGUGCGAUGAUAUUACUUCUCUUAAGUUUGUGUGUGAAGGGCGAUACCUAGUGUUUGGAACAAACACGGGCUACAUUCGCGUGGUGAGGAUGCCCACCGAAGAAGAAGAUACACCAGAAACACAUCACUUGAAAUGGAUGACGGCCACCGCAAAAUUGUUGAAGAAACUUAAAGGGCGACGGCUGGCAAAGGAAGAGGGACAACCGACUCCUCGCAUUGAUUUUGAAGAUAAUUACUAUUUACCGAUGCAUGACCGCUACACAGGAGCCGUGACUUGUCUAGAAUUCAGUAAUGCGGGGGAUCGAUUUUACACAUGCGGUGCAGACGGAAACAUAUUCUCAUACACAAUUAACUUUGAAGAGCCUCUGUUGCCAAAAACGGAAAUACCUCCGCAGGCCGAGGUGGCAAAAAUAGAACGAGUGAAAGAACCAAGUACGAUAGAAGGAGAAUUGAUGUCUCAUGAACAGCUGAAGCAGAAGGAGGAGUACGAUAAAAUGAUGGCCAUUGCCAAUGCGCACAAAAAGCGCGUUCGAGAUCAGCUGGCUGAAAUCACAGUCGAAUACAACAAGAUCAUUAAAGCGAAUCGAGUGUUGCCGUUCUCGCAGCAAAUCGACGUGACAAUAGACCCUCGCCCCCUGGCGGUGCAAGAGCAGGAGUUGGACGAAGCCAAAGCACUCACCAGAAGAAAGUUGGCUCACCAGCUUGAAGCCUCCGACCUGGGCCUUCACAAAAUGUAUUCCAGGAAUAUAGUGCAACUUGAUGUUUUUCCCUUUACUUUGAAAGCUAUUAGGGACCCUGGAGUUAUGAUAAGACCAUUACGACAAAAGAAUUUAUCAAAAGCCUUUUUCGACCAACUUGAAGAAGUUUAUCAAAAAAUGGCUGAAGCAGCUUUACGUGGCAGGCGAGCCGAGUCAACCAUUCGUCGCGUGGCAGCCCGAAGAACGAGUUGGGGUCCACCCAAAGUGGCAUCUUUCCUGCUGGGCCUGCCUCCGCGACAACCUCAUCCUCUGAAGAAAGCAUUACGAAAUUAUUACCAGCGAUUAAAUCGACAUCACAUGCAAUUCAUAGAGUGGCAAGAGCAUUUGUCUCGAAAGCCUGAUCCUAACGCCUUGCCGCCCGGAGCUGCUGAGGCUUUGAAAGAGGCUGAGGCCACCAUUGGCAAUCGACUGCUUAAAUCCCAGCCUGACUACGUUGCUCCGCCAGGCCAUAACACCCAGUUAAGAGUUUGCCUCGUCAGGAAAGAAAUCUACGAUUUGAAGAGAGAAUUCAACGUCAAGGUUCUAGACCUACGUCAACACAAACUCCGACUGGUCGAUAAAAUGAAGAAGAUCGGUGAAAGAUUAGGAGAAAUCCGCUUGGAAAUUCCGCCGAAAAUGGUCAAACCUCCACCAAUGACACCAGAAGUUGACGAUGAUCUUGAAUUCCCAGAGAAGAACUUGGAGAUAAAACCCGAACCAAUCGUAAUACCAGUAAGAGGAGCUGCUAAAAAGUCACUGGCAAAAGAAAGGAGCGAAAGAAGAAUAUCUGCUUUAUAUCCUCAACAAAGAAUACGGCAGCCAAAGGUUAACAGAUUUGUGCCCAUCACGGAAUCGCGCCCACUGGCAGCGUCUUGGGAACUGCUAAGACCGAGACCUGAUCACGAAUUUUCAGAUAUUGAAAUUGAAAUACGGAAUAGACGAAUUGAAAGACAUCUCUAUGAACAAGAUAUGUUGCUCGCCGAUGCUACUGUGUCAAUUCAACAAUUUGAUGCUCGUUUGAGACAAUUGCAACGGGAGCGCAUACGCGUACAGGAGAAGAGUCAGCUGCUAGAGUUGCAUCUCUAUCAACUUCAUAGAGAGAUGAAUGUAUUGAAUCGUUUUGAGGCCCAUGAAGAUAGAUUAGCUGAGAGAGUUUACGCCAAGCUUAUGCAGGUUCGAGCCGUACAAGAGCAAAUAUUGGAUUGUGAGCAACGUAUUGAAGAACAUAAAGCAGAGAAAGAAACUUUGGAUUUAUCCUGUCAAGAAUUGCAACGACAGUUCAAGCGCUUGGUUCAAGACAAUAAGUUUGCAGAUUUUCUGCGAAGAAUCUUUAAGAAGAAGUACAGACCGCCUAGGGAUCGCGAUGAAGAUGAAUCUUCGGAAUCUGAAUCUGAGUCAUCAUCUAGCGAAGAAGAAGAUGAGGGCAGUCUUGAUAGUCGUGACAUUGGACCGAUCAGACUUGAUCCCAAUAUUUGUCCUGAAGGUUGCGACAAAGACAUCUACGAUAAAACUUACGAUUUGAGAAAUACUAGACACAAACAUGAACAAGAAAUGUUGGAACAAGACCGGUUGGUUGAGCUUCUAAGGCGGGAUAUUGAUGCUCAUAAUAAAGUUAAGCGUAAGCUUUCGGCUCAACUUGACAAAAGGAAGAAUGAUUUGAGAGAAUUUAUGAUGGAGAAACAAAGCUGUAUGAACGACGUGACUCAAGUGGUAAUUCUGCGGUACGAUCAAAUUCGCGCGUCGGCGCUGCAAGGGUGCACCGGGCCAGAUGGGCUAUCCAAGACUGUGGUCUUCCCCGAACAGAUGCUAAUGAAGCUUCGUCGCAGAGUAUUGGAGCUCCAAGAUGAGAUCAAACAGCAGAAACAACGUCAAAAGGUGAAUCGCACUCAUCUGUUUCGUAUGAAUAUCGACCUACGAGCAAUGGAAGCCCAAGCUGAAGAAUUGCGCGCACAAAUGCGAGAUGUACUCACUCGAAAGCUGGGCAAACCUCGUAAGGUUGACAAGACAUUGGACGACUUGCUAAGGCUGAUGGCGCGGAGGCACAAAUUCUCGGCCACUCUUGGAGCUCACCAACAAAUAUUUAAGCAACUACGUCAAUGGCGGGAUCGCCACAGCGACCUUGAAAAAAAAUAUCUUCAGACGCUAUCUACUCACUCGGACCGCCUACGCCUAGCGGCCGCUCUACAAGCCGAUGUGCUGCCACAAAAAAUAAUGAAAGAUCCUACGGUUAUGGCGGGCAACUACCUUCCGGAGCACUUCCAACGGGAUGUGGUGCGUCUGCGAAUUGUGCGCGCUCAACAACGAGAAACGAUCAAAGCAUUGCAAGAAGAAAUUAAAAGCCUGCGUCUGAAGCCAUUGUCGCAGCCAACACCGCGCAAAGUGGUCUCGCCUGUACCCUCGGAGCAUUCAGAAAUUUACCUCUUCAUGAUUCCUCAAGCUGUCAGAAGACGCCGUAAGAAAUAUUUUCCCAUUACGCCAUUAGGUUCUCAGACGAAGAUAGUGUAUGACGUAAAUAUAAUGAAGCUGCUAUACAACUGUCUGGACGCCAUGCGCGUGUCGCGAGAUGAUGCAGAUCAGCUGCUGAAGGAACUUACGGAAAUGUUAACUGAUGUCAUUUCGGGGCACAAGUCCCGUUACGAAGUGGUCGAUACCUUAGUACGCAAAUGGCUUCUCAAGUACGGAGGAGAUCCGAAACAGUACAAGAAACAAACCAGAGCAUUUGAUGCGCUUGCCGCUUUAGCCGACCGUCUCAUCAGAGAUCACGUAGAAGCAUUAGAAGGUUCAGCACCAGAAACUCACCAGGUGAUGGAGAAUUUAGAGAUGGCCUUAAAGGAGGUAGCUGAUGAAACGCUGCCAUUGAACGAACGUUUAGGGCCAGCUAUUGCGUCAUUGUUCCAUACUGCAGAAGCUGGAGACCUGGAAUCUGAAGAAACAAUGGCAUCCCUCGUGAAAUCCCUCGUGGAUGCAGAACAUCCCCUCAGCGCAGAGUCCAUUGAUCGCAUCGACGUUUUUACUGUUUACGAGGACAUUAAAGAUUGUGGUGUGCUGGUACCAAAGGAGGAAAUAGAACACAUUAUAAAUCUUGCAAUAGAGUGCCUGCGGGCUCAGCUCAUGUCCCCCGAAGAAGCAAAACUACUGGAAAUAGAACUUGAUCAAGCUAUGGAGGACACGCAAUCUAUAGUAACUACUGAUCGCACUUCCGUUCGCAGUCGCAGCCAGAAGGGAAACCGUGAUGAUGACUAGCCAUAAUUUCACUAUUUUAUUCUUAUGUUUGAGUUUUUUUUUAAUAAAUAAUAUGAGUUUUGCUGCUUUGUGCCACUUGGCCUUAAGUGAUGGUCACCACUUAUUGUUAACCCAAUAUUGGGGACAUUUCUAUUGCAAGUAGGUUUAAUUUAUAUGCCAAUGUUCAGUGUGUGUUGUACUAUUAGACAGGUACUAACCUACCUAAAUAAUUAUUUUCACAUGAAGAUUUGGUAUUUUAA